GCUUUUGUGUAUGUGAACGUCCUGUUUCUCUAUCUAUCUAUGACUCUCCAGAGGACUACUUGGUGACUGCCUAACAACACGUUGGCCUUAAUCCAAGUAAGUUCGAACAACUGUCAAGUUGACACUUCUAUUUAACUCAUUGCUGCCUCCUAUUUCAACCGUUAUUUCGUUCAAACUAACUCUGCGACGUUCUAGAUUACAAGAGAUACAGAAAACAGUAGUUAUCCGCCGUCGCAUAUCGAUUUAAGCCCGAAUAUACUUGUCGCAUUUACAUCCCGAAACCUAUUCCGGACUAAGUAAUAUGGCUGGUUUCGCACAAGAGCUUUGGGAGUCAAUCUUCACUCCUGGGACAACUCCUACUCUAUUGGUCGCCACCAACGCCACCUUUGCUUGUUUACAACUCGUGCUCUUUCUCCUACUUCUCGCGACAUAUAGUAUCCAUUUUAUAAUACUAUCAUUCCUAUGUGGGGGACUAUGGUGGGCUAUCAAUUGGUUCGCGGCAGAGUUGAAGAUUGCUCAAGCGAAGGAGGCUAAGGAGAAAACACGCCUCGAACAGCGAGCCGCCGCGCGAAACUCAGAGGACAGUGAGACCGAAGUAGAGACCAGCCCAGCUUUUGUCGCAAAACCAAAACCUAUAUCAGGGAGUACAGAGGUGGAAGUUGGAGAACAGGCAGGGGAUUUAAAACUUCGGGCAGACACAUCUUCAGGGUCGAAAUCUGGCGUUAGUACGGAAGACGAAUGGGAGAAGGUGUCUGAGAACGAGAACGAAAAAGACAAAUGAAUCAACAAAUCAGAUACCCGACAACAAUGGUCACAUAUAAACAUACAGGGGGGGCAUUUACGGGAGCGUUUGUAGCGAGGUUGGGUCAUUCGCAUUAGAUACCUUAUCUCUUCAAGUUUUGGAGUUCAUGCUACCAUCCUAUUUUCCCUAUCUCUAGGGGAGCUUUGGGAUGAGAAGAGAUAGAUUUCAAGUAUUAAACACGUUUUGUUACGAGUAGAAUGAUGUAUUAAAACUUAAUACGAUCAAUAACAAGAUACGAUACUAAUAAGUUACGAUGGUUUACA